GCCUACAUCGCUUUUCACAUUCCAGCCGACCACCUCUUGGCGGCCUCGGUGAUGUCAUGCCCAGCUGCCUUGGCCAUGGCCAAGCUGAGCUAUCCCGAGACAGAGAUUUCCAGGACCAACGACCUCAAGGCCGUGACCAGCGAUGGCAGUGGGAACGUCUUGGAUGCCAUGGCCACCGGAGUGAUCACCGGCAUUUCGCUGGCUGGCACGAUCGCUGGGAUGCUGAUUGCAUUUGUGGCUGCCAUGGCCUUCUUGAAUGCCGCUUUGGAGUGGACUGGAGAGCUGGUGGGACUCCAAGGUCUGACCUUUGAUCUGGUCAUGUCCUAUGCCAUGUGGCCGCUGGCCUUCAUGAUGGGUGUCCCACAGGAGGAUUGCCUCACCGUCGGCCUCCUCAUCGGCCAGAAGACGGUGCUGAAUGCUCUGGGAGGAACAGGUCACAAGUCACAUCGGAAGUCUCUGGAUCGGCACAGGUUUUUUUGCCGUUGCACAGUGUAUACCAGGAGUUCGUGGCCUACCGAAACCUGGCCGAUCUCGUCGCCAAGGGCGCCAUCUCUACCAAGGCAGAGGUCAUCGCGACCUAUGCCCUCUGCGGCUUCUCGAACUUUGCCUCCAUCGGGAUUCAGGUGGGCGGCUUGUCCGUCUUGGCUCCCUCGAGGAAGCAGGACUUUGCCCGCCUGGCUCUUCGUGCCAUGGUGACCGGCUCUGUUGCGUGCUUUAUGACCGGUUGCAUUGCAGGCAUCCUCAUCAGCGACCUGCCCUCCGCGCCCUAACGCCUGAGGGUCCGUAGCAGCGAAAACCGCGAGGCUUCGUGGCACAGAAGGGGCCAUGAGGACAGAUGGGUCCGUAGUUGUGAGAGGGAGGUUUACUUGAGAUGAAGGG